GACGCAUGCUGUUGGUGAAUGGGCCAGAGGAGCACGUCGUCGAGAGGAGCAACCGAGCAGCCGAGAAAGCGACCGGAGGAUGCUCAUCUAUCAGCAUGCGGUGACCAGGACUGAAGCCUGAAGGCACAGUGGUGGCAGGAAUCCAGCUUAGAUGAAGGAUGAAGAGCCCGGUGCACAGAUGCAGGGACGUGGAGCACGGGCGAGGACAGACCGGGACAGGGGCGGGAACCACCUGUCUCCAGGUCGAGCAGCGCAUACCUAUCUCCAAAGACGUCAUCACCGCCUCUUCCGCUUCGGCCAUGUGGUUCAUCAAGGACGCCUGCGGGAUCGUGUGCGCGGUCAUCACCUGGCUGCUGGUGUUUUACGCAGAGUUCGUGGUGUUGUUUGUGAUGCUGCUGCCCUCCAAGAAUCUGACGUACAGCAUAGUGAACGGGACUCUGUUCAAUACUCUUGCCUUCCUUGCCCUUGCCUCGCACCUUCGAGCCAUGUGCACUGAUCCUGGGGCUGUGCCAAAAGGGAAUGCUACCAAGGAAUACAUAGAAAGCCUUCAGCUGAAACCAGGGCAGGUGGUCUACAAAUGUCCCAAGUGCUGCAGCAUCAAGCCUGACCGAGCACACCACUGCAGUGUUUGCAAGCGCUGCAUACGGAAGAUGGACCACCACUGUCCGUGGGUCAACAACUGUGUUGGGGAGAACAACCAAAAGUACUUUGUGCUUUUUACAAUGUACAUUGCACUCGUCUCUCUCCACGCCCUGGUCAUGGUAGUCUUCCAUUUCCUCUACUGCUUUGAAGAUGAUUGGACGAAGUGCAGUUCCUUCUCUCCUCCAGCAACAGUCAUCCUCCUCAUACUCCUGUGCUUUGAGGGCCUCCUCUUCCUCAUCUUCACCUCUGUGAUGUUCGGCACCCAAGUCCACUCCAUCUGUACCGACGAGACCGGCAUAGAGCAGUUGAAAAAGGAAGAGAGAAGAUGGGCUAAAAAAACUAAGUGGAUGAACAUGAGGGCGGUAUUCGGACACCCAUUCUCCUUAUUGUGGUUUAGCCCCUUCUCCACCCCUGACCAUGGGAAGGCAGAGACCUACCAGUAUGUGGUGUGAGCGCAGGGAGCGAGGCGGAGGGGGGAGGCCAGCCCAGCUCGGUCCAUUUUCUCCCACCGCUCUUUACAUUGUAUAUCCCACCCACGCUAGCCAUGGACAGCUAGUCAUGUGCUUUUUUUUUUUUUUUUUUUGGUUGUUUUGUUUUUUUUUUUUGUGACACCAUGAGUGCGCUAUACAUUAACUUUUGUGUUGCCUUGAGUGAGUUGAGUUGCAGAGAAAAAGAAACCCCCCCCUUUCCUUUUUUGACUCCUGUUUGCAAACACUGUGAUGAAUCUGUUUUUCUUCUAAUCUACUUCUCUUUUUUCUUGCCCUGUGUUUCCUCUUGUUUCUACUUAAAGGGUUAGUUCAACUAUAUUACAAAAAAAAAGUAUAAUUUUAUUAUUUUAUCGUGCAUUCCUGGUGGUGCCUGGCCAUGCAGAUUAUUGUUAGUAUGUCUUUUUUUACGGGUCCUGCAAUUUGCCAGUGUGGAAAAACACAGAAAUUAAGUUUUAGGUAAAUUAAAAAAGGGAAAAAAAAAAAAAACUAUUAAUAAAUUAAUGUCAACUGUAACAAAGAGUCUUACUAUUAGAAAUGUCAAAUAGUGUAGUACUUGCUUUUAAGUAUCAGUAUAUGCAGCAUGUUUUUAGCAAUUUGGCUGGAAAAAAUAGUCAGCCCACCUCCCCAACGGAAAAAAUCCCAACAGCGAGACCAUGAAUGGAAAACGUCUUUUGUAAUUUUGGUGAAUUGACCCUUUAAAUCUUCCUCUUGCCAGACAGUAGUCGGUAGUUUGUUCUAGUCAGACGUGGAUAAAGUAAACCUUUUAAAUGGGUGCACGCUGUAAUGGAUUGCCUGAGCCGUUUUGCGAAAUGAAUCCAUUACUCAGGCCGACCCCUUUAAUCGGUCCCAGACAUCGUCGAAUUUGUCAUCAUUGUUGUGGAUUUUACGGAGUUAUAUUUGUGUCCUGCUAAUUAAAGAAAAUCUCCCACGAAUUAGCAGAAAAACAAAUGAAAGAAGGCAAGAAUGUGGUGAUCACAUGCAGAGCUCUUGGAUAAUUGCAUUUUAAGUUGCAGUGAAAAGAAAAUGCAUGUAAAAAAAAAAAUCAUUUGGAUUUCAUUGUGGGCUCUUUCAACCAAUCAGAGCCAUUUGUUAUAAACAAAUCCAACCCCACAGCGCUCAUGUAACACAUCACCUGACCCUGCAGAUCGUUACAUAAUUAGAUCCCCAAAAUUUUGUGGGCGGAGCAACUUGCGCUAGCUUCCAGAGUACCUUUAAGCUAAUUUAUCCACUUUAAACUGAUUUAUUUCUGUUUAAAACUUGUGGGAUUUUGUUUAAUUACUCCGACACAUUUAUGACACACAUACAUUUUUGGUCUAUUAUGGUUGUGAAAAUAUUUUUAAUACAGCAAAUUUUUGCAUGUUCUUUCCCUGUACGAAGAGUCAACUCCGGCUCACUCAUCUUUGUACGACAGGGAUGCACCGAUCCCACUUUUUUUCCCUCCUGAUUCCGACAUUUACUCCUCAGCACUAGUAGCAAUUCCCACUUCGAUACCAAUUCUGUGCCCUUUCCCCACAUGAAUGUUGAAUAUUUAUAAGGAUAUUAACAUUUUGUUGAUUUCACGACACCUGGUCUGCUUUAAAAUGCCAAUAUUGGCCCUGAGACUGAUGUUGCAUCUGUGCAUCCCUGAUUUAAAUCGCUGCUGAAAGGUUUUUCCCCGGAGACUCCAGGAGGGCUGCAAACUCCAAGCGAACGCUAUUUGAGCCUGGCAUUACAGACUCUGCAGCGUCCCCCCCUCACACAACAACAUGAAAGACCAAAAACGUCACACUUUCAGUUUAAUUAUGUGUUUUAAGUGAUUUUAAGAUCUCCCAAGUGUGGAACAUUGUCCCUGAUUCCUCUCUGAUACAUGCUCAACACAAAGCCCCGCUUACAGGGCACAGAUGCCUUUUUAUUUUUGGCCAAAACAAGCCAGGAGGUUUUUCGUUUGUUCCACCAGAUCAAAUCCACAGUCGGACGCCAGCUGGCUCGUGGCAAGUUUUACCGAAUCGUCCAUGGAAAUUAAAACGCUCUCAGUCAAAUCGCUUCCCAAUGUCAGUGUCGAACAUGGUUGUUUACAAUCUUGUUGACAGACUAACAAUGAGCAACAUUGUACCAAAUGUUCAUUCUUCCUUGUUCCUCGUGAAGAAGGGUUUAGCCUCCCACCAGCGCUCCCUGUUUCCGUGUGCAUGAACACUUGCCAGUGAAUCAGCUCGUGUGCUCUAAGCCCGUGUGGUGUUUUGAUGUUGUGUGUGCCAAAUCCAAAAAAGCAGAAAAAAAAAAGAAAAAAAAAAACAUGAUUAUUUGGGAAAGCUGUGAUAUCAAACACUGGUUCGGAUUUAACAUAGUCUUUGCGGUAGGUAACAUUAAAUCCUGUGUGAAGUUUAAAAAAAAAAAGGGAAGCUCUGCAGAAAAAAUGUCUGCAGCAGCUGGACUGUUUCUCUGCUCUAUUCCUGACUGAAUCAAAGCAUUUAACGGUUUUUAUUUUACUUUCACCACGCACAUUUCCACAAGUACUAAAAAAAAAAAAAAAAACAGGCUAAACUGCACUUUGUAUUUAUUUUUUAAGAUUUUCUUUUUUUCCCCCCAUAUGUGAACUGCUUUGUUCCAAAGCGUGCAUUUUAUUCUUCUACUCUUUGUUUACAUGACGUUGUGUGUACCUUUUGUUGUUUCUGGAUGCAUGGUUCGGGCGAAGGCUAGCUUAGUGGCGCGCGCGCCGCGCCGCUGGUACGAUGGCGCCGAGUCUCGCUGGUGAGAGCGAUGGUGAUGAGCGAAGAUUUGUUUUUUACAGAGAUAUGAAUUCUUUCUAAAUAUUCUGAAGAUAUUUCAGCACCUGCACAGAGAAUAAAUUCUUCUCGGCUGCAAUGCAAAAACUGUU